UCUAGUGCUGAUUUGACUUCGCGCCGAAUGGCGUUUCGAGAUCUGGCCGAUUUUUGUCAAGCCGUGGUCAAUGUGGGCCCGAAAAGCGGCCAAGACGCCAAGGGUAGAAAGUUAACCAGUUUCCUCCAGUUCUGCCGUACUCAAUGGGGCCCAUCGACGUCCCUGUUUCCGCUAAUACGUUUACUUUUGCCUCAAUUGGACCGUGAACGCGGCUCGUACGGCAUUAAAGAAACCGUUUUGGCCCGGCUGUUCAUUCGCUCGUUGGGCUUGGGUGAGGGCAGUGCCGACGCUCUGCGGCUGAAAAACUUCCGAGCUCCCAAAGGCUUAGGCAGCCAAAGUGAUACGGGCGACUUUGCCGCAGUGCUCUACGCCAUAAUUAAGGACCGGGGCUAUCCCGAUGGUCAGUUGUCAGUGAAUCAGGUGAACUCGUUUUUGGACCAAUUAGCCGAAGCGGGUGCUCAGGGAGGUCAACGCAUCCAGAUUGAGACCCUUCUCAUGGAUGUGUUCAAAAAGAUGAGUCCCGUGCAAGUGAAAUGGCUGGUUCGCAUUAUUCUCAAAGACAUGCGGCUGGGCUUAGGUCAAAGCGCCAUCUUCAAGGCAGUUCACCCCGACGCCAAAGAAUUGUACGAGGUGAAUGCUAAUCUGGGAAAAGUGUGCGAACAACUGAAGGACCCCUCAAAGCGAUUGAACGAGAUUGCGGUUCAGUUGUUCCAUCCGUUCAAACCCAUGUUGGCUGAAAGGGGCGUUUUGGAACGAGUGGAACAACAAAUGGGGCAUAAAUCCUUCUUCAUUGAGGUGAAAUACGACGGUGAACGUCUUCAAAUUCACAAGGACCACAAUGAUGCUUACAAAUAUUUCUCUCGGAAUUGCCACGAUUUCACGAGCGAUUUCGGAGACUCGCCUCGUGAAUGGGGAAGCUUCACGCAAAUCCUCUCCAAAUGCCUUUCUAGUCACGUGCGCAGUGUCAUUCUUGACGGCGAGAUUUGUGCCUACAACUACCAAACCGAUUGUCUCACCCUCAAGGGCGACAAGAUGAACAUUCGUGGCCUGAAAUCCGAUGAUCCCAUGUACCAGCAAUGCUUAUAUGCUUACGAUGUACUUUUCCUCAAUGGCGAAGUCCUGACCAAUAAGCCGUUGAGAGAACGGAUCGAGAUCCUCAAGUCAGUGGUCCAAGAGCGCAAAGGGCGGAUUCAUUUUGCCCAAAGGUGUCAAGGCUCGUCCAAGGCCGAAGUGAUUCAGGCCUUGAAUGAAGCCAUAGACCGUCGGGAAGAGGGUAUCGUCCUCAAAGACACCCUCAGCAUCUAUAAACCCAAUGCCCGGAGCGGUGGUGGUUGGUUGAAGAUCAAGCCGGAUUAUUCCAAUCAACUAACCGAUCAAUGCGAUCUCGUUGUCAUGGGAGGUUACUACGGCACAGGGCGCAAAGGGCGAGGUAUUAUCUCGCAUUUUCUCUUGGGGGUCUUAGCUGCUACACAAGAGGACAAAAAAGAUCAUGAGCCAAGUCACGGGCAUCGUGAGAUCCAUUCCCUUUGUCGAGUAGGAUCCGGUUACAGCAUGAAGGAACUCUAUGACCUUUUGCAAAGACUAGAGCCUCAUUUCAUUAAGGCCAAGUGGGACUCCGGGCCAUCAAAUGAUCUGCUUCGAGUGGAUGAUUUCGGCCUAAGGAUGGGUCGAGAAAAGCCGGAUGUGGUCAUUUCUCCCAAGAAGUCCGUCAUCUUGCAAAUCAAUGCAGCGGAGGUGAUCGCUAGUGACGGCUAUUACACGGGAUGUACUUUGAGAUUUCCACGAGUGGAACAGAUUCGAACGGAUAAAACACUGGAAGAUUGCAUGACCACCCAUGAUUUGGAGACGAUUCGUCGCGAAGCUCAAGGCAAGUUAAGCCGUCGUUACGUGGAAUCGGAGGCCUCAGACGAGCCGUCCAAAAAGCGUCGACGCAAAGUCACUGUAGGAGCAGCCAGUCAAUCGGUUGGUUUGGCUAAGGCCUUCGGUCCCACGGACCUCUCCACGGUCAUGAUUGAGUCCCAUAAUCUCAAAGACCAAGUGAUUGUGAUUGAGCCGACCAAUGGCGUUUUGAAGGCUCAACUGGAGGCGAUUGUGGUCAAACAUGGUGGGAUUGUGGAACAAAAUCCCGUCGAAGGACGAACCUUCUGUUACGUGGAGACAGGUAUGAAGAUGAAGGCCAAAAGCGUCGACGCAAAGUCACUGUAGGAGCAGCCAGUCAAUCGGUUGGUUUGGCUAAGGCCUUCGGUCCCACGGACCUCUCCACGGUCAUGAUUGAGUCCCAUAAUCUCAAAGACCAAGUGAUUGUGAUUGAGCCGACCAAUGGCGUUUUGAAGGCUCAACUGGAGGCGAUAGUGGUCAAACAUGGUGGGAUUGUGGAACAAAAUCCCGUCGAAGGACGAACCUUCUGUUACGUGGAGACAGGUAUGAAGAUGAAGGCCAAAUCCGUGAUGAGAAGCCGGAAGUUCGAUGUUGUACGCCACACUUGGCUCCUCGAUUGCCAGGAACACUACCGUCCCUUUGGACCCGCCGACAUGGUGAGCUCCACGUCGAAUCGCGCCCAGGAGUUUCAGGAUCGAUACGAUGAAUUUGGAGACCCGUUUGGGUUGAGAUCCACCCUCACGAGUCUCAAAUACUCAAUGGCGCAAGUGCAGGCACUCAAGAGGGAAGCCAAGAUCAGUCGUGACUUGAUAGCCGAUUUUGAAUGCACCCAAUGGGCCAAUCCCUCGAAAUUUGGUCUCUUUCGCCAACUAACCUUUUACGUGGAUCGUUACGUUCAAAUUGGCCAAUCCUCGGAAGGGAAUUCCAAGGAGGAUUGCUUGCAUCCAUUGGAAUCCAUUGAACUACUCAUCGAGUUUUAUGGCGGUAGAGUGAUCAAAGAUGAUCUAAAAGAUGAAGAUCGUUUGUCUCAUGUGGUGGUGAGUGCCUCGGAUUUAACGAGAGUGCCGCAAUUUAAGGCAAUUCGACGGACCAAAACCAAAAAGUUCCAUCUGGUUCCAGAAUCUUACAUAGAGCAUUGUGUUCAAGAUGGUCGCCUACUUUCUAUUGUCGAUUAUGAAUUGUGAUAAUAUCAACGUGACAAUCGCUGAAGUACCCAAAUUACCUGCUCAGUACUCGCCCACCUUCUGAUUUGCAUAAAUCUUUUCGUUGGAAUCAA